AUGAAUCAAACUAUCAAAGUGUCGCUGUUAGGAUGCCAUGCCAACUCCUUCAAUCUUCAAAGUUUCUGGGCUCUUCUUCUAUACGCCAUUAACAUUACAUUCAUUAAACUCUUGUGCGUUUCUUUAACACUAGCAACCCAAAUAUUCCCUUCUAUCUUCCCGUUUCUAUUUUCUUUUUUCCUCUGAGAGGAGGUUCGUUAGUUAUUCGCAACAACUUUAACAACCUUAACCUCCUCUCUCCACUUCUUCAAUCUCUUAUCUUUCGCAUUCAGUAAAAUAGGAACCCGCCACCUUCCUCGAUUUGGUAAAUCCAUAUCUGGACUUCGGUUUUUGAUAUUCUGUUGCUAAAAAUUUUUUAUGGGUGAUGCGAGUGGCACGUAAAACAUAUCAUCAUAUAUAUAAAAGAGAAAUAAAAACGUAACCCGUAUUGCCCCAUAACCAUAAUCCGUUCAGAAUAAAAACUUUUCACCAUUUUGCGUGUUCAUUCUCAGAGGGAAAGGGGUGAUGAGAUUUCUGCAUUGGGUAUGAGAAAUUGAAUGUAAAGUUUUUAACUUUACUUGAAUUCCUUUGUGCUGUGAUUGUGUUGUUCUUUGGGGUGCAAGAAAAGAUGAUGACCCCAAGAUCUCAGGCGAGGAGCUCGCUGGAGGAGAUGCUUGAGUCUCUCCGGCGGAGGGAUGAGGAGGAGAAGCCGAAGGACAAGCCGCCGGCAUUGCCAUCGCGGCCUCCCUCGAGGGCGAGGCUGCCAUCGGUGAGAGUGCCUAAUAGGUUCCUUUGCCAUGGAGAUGAUGAGAAAGAGGAUAGUGGUGUUCGUGGACGCCACAGGAGGAAUGGUAGUUUUGGGGUCAAGAAGGUGAAGGUGGUUGUGGAAUCACCUUACAUUGUGAAAUCAGAAGAUAGCAACUUGAACUUGAGUGCUGAAGAAUCACCACCACCAACAACAACAUCGUCCCCUGUAUCAUCACAGGUUCAGGUUCCAAACUCUGCUGUUGCUGUUGAAACUGAUACUCCUGCUGCUGCUGCUCCUGCUCCUUCUGAUGCAUCUGCUCCUGUUUCUUCUGAAGUUUCUACUUAUGUUUCUGCUGUUGCUUCUACUGCUGCUUCUGCUGUACCUUCUAUGGUUUCUUCUCCAACAGGAGAAGUGGAUUUGGAGGAUGAUAAUAUUGCUUAUUUCAUCAGAAAGAAACUUCAAGUUUGGUGUAGGCAACAAAAGGGGAACUGGGAACUAGGAAAGAUACAGUCAACUUCAGAAGAGGAAGCAUGCGUUUCGCUUUCAAAUGGAAAUGUUAUGAAAGUGUCCAGAUUAGCACUCCUACCGGCUAAUCCCGACAUUUUAGAGGGUGUGGAUGAUCUUAUACAGCUUAGUUACUUAAAUGAACCCUCAGUUCUUUACAAUCUUAAGAGUCGUUACACUCAAGAUUUGAUUUACAGCAAGGCAGGGCCAGUUUUAAUUGCACUCAAUCCCUUCAAAGAUGUCCAGAUUUAUGGAAGUGAAUACGUAGAAGCUUAUAAACAGAGAUGUAAUGAUAAUCCUCAUGUUUAUGCUGUGGCAGAUGCAGCUUAUAACGAGAUGAUAAGAGAUGAAGUAAAUCAAUCCAUUAUCAUAAGUGGUGAGAGUGGAGCAGGGAAGACAGAGACAGCGAAAAUUGCUAUGCAGUAUUUAGCUGAUCUAGGUGGUGGCAGUUGUGGGAUAGAAAAUGAUGUUCUUCAGACAAAUUUUGUACUAGAAUCUUUUGGAAACGCAAAAACUUCUAGGAAUGAUAACUCUAGCAGAUUUGGGAAGUUGAUUGAAAUUCAUUUCAGCGCACUGGGGAAAAUUUGUGGGGCUAAAAUUCAAACAUUUUUGUUAGAAAAGUCAAGAGUUGUUCAACUAGCCAAUGGUGAGAGGUCAUACCACAUAUUUUAUCAGCUUUGUGCUGGUGCUUCACCUGAUCUUAGAGAUAGGCUGAAGCUUAGAAUGGCCAGUGAAUAUAGAUAUCUUAAUCAGAGUGACUGCAUGAUAAUUGAUGGUGUUAAUGAUGAUAAAAAGUUUCAAGGGCUAGUGAAAGCGUUGGAUGUUAUUCGAAUGUCCAAACAGGAUCAAGAAAGGGUUUUCAAGUUGCUAGCUGCAAUAUUAUGGCUGGGAAAUAUUACAUUCCAUGAAACUGACAAUGAAAAUCACAUUGAGGUGGUUGAUGAUGACGCUGCAACCAUUGCUGCCACACUGAUGCAAUGCAGUUUGAAGGAGCUAAUGGUAACAUUGUCUACCCAUAAAAUUAAAGCUGGCAAGGAUACUAUUACCAAAAAAUUGACGUUGCGACAGGCCAUUGAUACAAGAGAUGCAUUAGCAAAAUUUAUGUAUGCAAACUUGUUUGACUGGCUUGUAGAACAAGUCAACAAGGCGCUUGAAGUGGGUAAACGACGUACUGGGAGAUCCAUAAGUAUCCUUGACAUUUACGGUUUUGAGUCAUUCCAGAAAAACAGCUUUGAACAGUUUUGUAUAAAUUAUGCCAAUGAAAGGCUUCAGCAACAUUUCAAUCGGCAUCUGUUUAAACUUGAGCAGGAGGACUAUGAAUUAGAUGGUGUAGAUUGGACAAAAGUGGAAUUUGAGGAUAAUCAAGUUUGUUUGGAUCUCUUUGAGAAGAAGCCUCUGGGGCUGCUCUCUCUGUUGGAUGAGGAAUCAAAUUUCCCAAGGGCCACUGAUCUGACACUUGCUACUAAACUCAAGCAGCACCUGAGUUCCAAUCCUUGUUUUAAAGGAGAAAGUGGCAAGGCUUUCAGCGUUCGGCAUUAUGCAGGGGAGGUCACAUAUGAUACAAAUGGGUUUCUGGAGAAGAACAGAGAUCCACUGCCAUCUGAUUCCAUUAAAUUGUUGUCAUCGUGCAGUUGCGAACUGCUGCAGUCAUUCUCCCAAGUUCUUGACCCGUCUCAACAAACAAAUUCCUCACACUUAGGUGCUAUGGAGUCAAAAAGGCAGAGUGUUGGCACAAAGUUCAAGGGUCAGCUGUUUAAGUUGAUGCAUCAGAUGGAGAGCACCACACCCCACUUUAUUCGCUGUAUAAAGCCCAAUGCUAAGCAAGUUCCUGGCAUAUAUGAUGAAGACCUUGUCCUGCAACAGCUCAAAUGUUGCGGAGUUUUGGAGGUUGUAAGGAUUUCGAGGGCUGGAUAUCCUACUCGAAUGACGCAUCAAGAGUUUGCCAAACGGUAUGGAUUAUUGCUUUCUGAGGCGCACACAUCUUUAGAUCCACUGAGUAUCUCUAUUGCUAUUUUGCAACAAUUUAAUAUCCCUCCAGAAAUGUACCAAGUUGGCUACACCAAACUGUAUCUUCGAUCAGGACAGGUUGGUGUACUGGAGGAUAGGAGAAAACAUAUUUUAUGGGGAAUACUUAGUGUUCAGAGAAGUUUUCGUGGUUAUCAAGUCCGCAGUACUUUCCGUGAACUUAAGAAUCGUGCAACAACUUUACAAUCAUUUAUUCGUGGAGAAAUUGCGAGAAAGAAAUAUGGUGUUAUGAUGGAGUCCUCUAUAAUCAUUUCUUCUGAACAUGAUCAGCAGAUUGAGGCAGCCAUAGUAAUACAAUCUGUAAUUCGUGGGUGGUUGGUUCGGAGGCAUGCUAGUAGCCUUUAUAGGCCGAAGAAACAUCAUGAAAAUCCGAGACAUAGACGAAGAUCACGUCCAAAGUUUCCAGAAAUACAGGAUGUGUUGUCCAGAGAGCUGGCUCAGAACCUGCCUUCAGCUUUAGCAGAACUCCAAAAGCGGGUCGUCAAGGCUGAAGUAACUAUAGAGCAAAGAGAAGUCGAAAAUUCUCAAUUGAGGGAUCAACUAAAACAGUUUGAGAGAAGGUGGAUCGAAUACGAGAAUAAGAUGAAAUCAAUGGAGGAGAUGUGGCAAAGACAAAUGGUGUCUCUGCAAAUGAGUCUUGCUGCUGCUAGAAAGAGCCUUGCCUCUGCCAGUGGUCAACAUGCAAAACAUGAUGUCGUGGCGCAAUUUGGCUCCGAUUCUGAAGAUACCGCUUCCAUGGAAUCUAGAACACCUCGAACACCUGGAGUGAGUACACCCUUGAAGUAUUCUUGUAGUCUUUCUGAACUCGGAGCAGUAAGAGAAGUUAAUGGUUGCGCAAAUUCUGUGAGCAGUCUGACAAGGGAAUUCGAGCAGCAGAGACACGUCUUUGAUGAAGAGGCCAAAGCUAUGCUCGAGGGUCAAAACGGUAACAUGAAAUGUUAUGCUGAAUAUAAGAAACUUAAACGUAGGUUUGAGGGGUGGAAGAAAGAAUACAAGAUUAGAUUGAAGGAGAUAAAAGCAAAACUUCAUAGGAAUCCAGAAAUGGAUAGAGGGCGGCGAAAAUGGUGGGGGAAAUUGAGUUCAAAAGCACAUAGUCUUGGUAGGGAAUGAGCAAAAAUGGCAAUAGUGGUUGGUGUUGGUGAAGGGUUGAGUAACUGUAUAUCUACCAAUUUUGUUACAGAGUGAAAGUUGUGCAUAGUUGUAGACUUGUAGGUUGCAUAGUAGUAAUGGAUAGUCUAGUUUGUUCAUGUAUAUGUGAAACUUAGCUCGCAAAAGUAUUAGUAGUCAGUGUUGAUAUCUGUACAUCAUAUUGCUGUGCUGGAUUGAUGCAAGUUCAUUUCACCAAUGAUAAAUAAUGUUUUAACUUUUAAGCAUCAAGUUUUUAUGCUGCUUGGAAAAAGGCCAUGUAUAUACAGGAAAUCAAUUAUUAAA